ACAAGUUAUACAUUUAAUUGAAAAUAAUAGAUAGAUUAAAUUAUGAGUGUCUAUGGGUUGGUGUGCGCGUAGUAUGAUACAUGCAUCGCUGCAUGAAUAAUGACAACAUGAUGAAGCGAGGGGAAAGUAUAACUGUGUAGAUCGAAAAAGUAUAUCAUUAUCAAUAUUAGAGAACGAUGAUGUAAAAAUAAAUAAUCUUGAUAUCAUCAUCAUAAUCGUAUUUAUGUGGGGAUUUUCUUAAAUCCAAUAUGGCUAAUAUCAGUCGUGCAUCUAGCAAAUUUGGUGAAAAGGUAGCUUUAUCUGGAGCCCCUGUCUUCACACAAGGAGAGAAUAUCAUUGAUUUAAUUAUCAAAGAUCAUAGACACGCUGAGAAUCUUUAUGAAAGCUUCAAAAACGCACCUAAUCUUGAAGAAAAGACCAAACUUCGUAACAAACUUGUCAAGACCUUGGUUCAACACGAUGAAGUAGAACAACUUCUCGUCUAUCCUCUUUUACGUGAAAAAAUCGGUGGUCAAAUUGGUGAAUCUCAUUAUGAAAGAAGUUUGAAUGAACAUCAAGAGUUACGUAACCUGAUGUAUGAUGUACGUUAUUCAGACGUUAAGGUGGACACACCUCAAUUUCAAGAAAAGAUUCAAAAGGCCAUGGAUUAUGUUAUCUUCCAUGUUCAACAAGAAGAAAAGGAUGUUUUGCCUUUAUUAAGACAGCAUUUAACAGAAGAAGAAUUAAAGAAAGUGGGUGCCUCCUUUGUAGCUCAUAAACCUACAGCCGUUACAAGACCUCAUCCUAAUGCUCCUGCUCAAGGAUAUCCUGCUGCUAUGGCCAAUUUAGUCAUGAAGCCUUUUGAUUUAGCAAGAGAUAUUUGGGAAGGCAAUGAUUAAAACAAUAAAAUUUGCUCAUUAUUAUUACUGUUUAUGUAAAUUAUAAUUUUUUUUUCCUUAUAAUAAAUCAUAUAUGACGUAUUUUAUAUCUUU